AUGCCAAAGGGCAUGGAAUACCGCCCGCACGAGGGCAAGUUUGGUAUCGUGACUGGCGGCUCAAGAGGGAUCGGAGCAGCCAUAGCUCGAAACCUGGCAGCCAAGGGAUGCUCCCUCCUCCUCGUCUACACCUCCGACUCCUCCACCGAGCCCACGCAGGCCCUCUGCAAAGAACUCUCUGAGGCCCAUGAUAUCCUCUGCUUCCUGGUGCAAGCCGACCUUGCAGAACCAACCCGCAGUGUCCCUCAUAUCCUGGCCACAGCAAAAAACCACUUCUCGCAUCCUCGGACCGGCACGUUCCAAGUCGACAUCAUCAUAAACAACGCGGGAAUCGCCGGGAACAAACUGCUGAAUGACCCAGACAUGGGGCCAAUUGAAGAAACACAGUUCCAGAAACAAUACAAUGUCAACGUCCUCGCGCCAUUGUUGCUCGUUCAAGCAUGCCAACCCUACCUCCCAAAAGACCGGUCCGGUCGCAUUGUCAAUUUGUCGAGCGUGUCUGCGUCAAUCGGUUGUGAGUCACAGUCCAUAUACGCUGGGACAAAGGCAGCGUUGGAAGCCAUGACUCGGGUCUGGGCCAGAGAGCUGGCAGACAAUUGUACGGUCAAUGCUAUCAAUCCAGGGCCAGUGUGGGGAGACAUGUACAGCCAUGCAGGAGAAAAGUUCUGGAAAACAAACCAGAAAUACGUGGACAGUGCACCGCUGAUGGAUUACAAAGGCGGCGACGACGCAAUCAGGGCUCGCGCGGGCGGUGAUCCCGAGGAAUAUGAUCGCAUCGUGUUGAAGGGCAUGGGGGGGAAGAGGCCAGCUUUCACCGACGAGAUUGCGGGCGUUGUGGGUAUGCUCUGCUCUGAAGAGAGUGGAUGGACGACAGGGAGCGUGAUAUGUGCCAAUGGGGGCAUGAAAAUGUCAAUAGCAUAG